AGCUCAGGCGUAUGGCUACACAGAGAUGCUGUACUUCUUUUGCAUGCUCCUCAGCCUCGAUUCAACCAGACUACCGUUAGCAAAUCCCCACCAUUCGUUCGAAUGCAAUUUUCAUCCACAGUUCCUUGAGCACGAGCAUUCCCGUGUUAACUAUGUUUCCCUUUUGUUUCCAAACACCAUUCUUCUAGCACACUAUAGUGUCUGUUGUAAAUGUGCAAGAAGAUAUCCCAUGAGCACUGGUAUCUUCCGCUCUGUUCUGGUAUCGACUUCGCGUAAAGAUCAUGAGCGUACUAUUCUGCGGAGUUCAUUUUCCGCCCGGACCUUGUUUCCCCUCACUGAGCUUGAAGUAACACUAUUUGCACUAUCAAAGACAUUUUGACUACUCGAUCAUAUAACUAGGUAGACAAGAUAUUCACAACAUGUCUGAACCCAAGCGAUCCGUGUACUCAGGGACUCCACCUUCUGGCCCUGGUAUCUUCCUCAGUCUGUCAAAGAUCACGAACAACAAGCUAUUGUCUGACGAUCUGUUUAAUAAGUGGUACAAUGAAGUCCACCUGGUAGAUGUACUAGCCACCGGAGCAGUUACAAGAGCAUAUCGAUAUCGAAACAAAAACCCCGAAGCCGAACGACCUUACUUAGCACUGUACAUUUGUCCAGACAUGUCCGCUAUUGCGGGUGAGAAGGUCAAGAAUAUCCCGAUGCAUAGUGAUCUGUUGCCGGACGGAAAAUCGAUCCAUGAAUUGGUAAAUUUCGACACCAGGUUCUACUCAACGACGCAGGAAUUCGUAAAAAAGGAGCUCAAUCAACAAGACCUUUUCCCGGUGCUCAUGCUUGCUGGAAUGCAGCCAAAAGACGGGGCUGCAGAAGAUAUGGAUAAGUGGUAUCGUGAAGAGCAUCUCGAGCAGAUGUCCCUUGAGCCCGGAUGGAAACGGGCGGUCCGCUACUCAUUGAUAUUUCAAGUGAAAAACGAGAACGAUCCGACAGGGACUGAAGAUGCUGCCAGCUUUUUGACACUAUAUGAAUUUGGCGAUGGAAACAAGCUCGGUAUGAAUGUCGAACCGCUAGAUCCAAUGACUGAUUGGACCAAACGCGUGAUCGGAAACACCGAGAAGAUCGAGAUGGGUAUUUAUACGCAGAUAAAGGCCCUUCCGUAGAUCCUGAAAGACAAUUCAAGCCUUAUCGAUCCAAA